UGCCUUUGCCAGUCAGCAGGCGAUCAUGCUACUUUGCUUGGCAUCUAUUACGCCUACAAACGUGUCCCAAAGGAUCAAAGAAAGAUGUGGUGUGAAUCAAACGCAGUCAAUCCGAGUCAGAUGCUUAAGGCGGAAGAUGUCAUGACGCAACUUGGAGCAAUCCUUAACGAGCAUAGUGAUGAAGAAUUGCUUUCAACAAUGGUGCGGAGAUCGCCAAAUUUGGCGGGCAAUGGUGCCGCACUCCAUCGGAAACGUCGGCGUGAAAGUGAAAAGGAUGCAUCAGGAGAUGAUGAAACAUCGGAGUUACUGAAGGGACAAACAUCGGGUAUGGUGAAGUUGCGCGAUUUUGAACUUAUUCGACGGGCGCUGUGCUACGGGUUUUCUCUUAAUGCUGCCUUCUACAAUGCGAAGAUUGGCAACUACCAGACGGUGGUGGGGCAACAAGUGGUGCAUCUUCACCCGUCGUCUGUUCUGUUUUAUCAGCGCAAAAAGCCGGCGUUGGUAGUUUUUAACAGCGUGGUGCGCACGACGAGGCGGUACAUGAAAGAUGUGUCUGUGGUGCAGGAGGAGUGGCUCCGCGACGCGGCAUCCUUUUUAAGGCCUGUGGCAUGA